GGGAGCCCUAUAAAGUGCCAGGUGCAAUAAACGAGUUGAUUUUGUUUGGCUAGUCUUGUGGCCAUGGGACUAACGUGGCUUCUUUUGGUAACAUGUGGAAUUUCAAUUUUCUUGUCAGGUGAAAAUGCAGUUUCUUCAGCCCAGGAAACUUUGAGAUGCCGCUUUGGCCAAUUUGCAUGUAAGGAUGGAUCUGAAUGUAUUUCCUCCAUGCAUGUGUGUGAUGGAGAAUCAGACUGUAGAGACCGGUCUGAUGAAGCUAGUUGUGCUGUGGAAUGCACCUCAGCUGAAUUUCAGUGUGCCCAUGGCCAGAAGUGCAUUGAUAAGAGUCUGCUAUGUGAUGGAGUAGCCCAGUGCCAGGAUCAGUCUGACGAGCGUGACUGCUCAAAGCCUGAUGGCUGCGAUCAUCAGUGUGAUGAUAAAGCCCGUUGUCUGCCGGCAUCUUUGGUUUGCGAUGGAGAGAAGGAUUGUGUGGAUGGGACUGAUGAGCUAUCUUGUGUUGAUGGUACAGAAGUGACUCCCACUCAGCUGGUGCCUCAGCGAUGCCGCUUUGGUUUCUCUGCGUGUGCAGAUGGCUCCGGUUGCAUAUCCUCCAGUUACCUGUGUGAUGGGGAGCCGGACUGUAAAGAUGGCUCUGACGAGAAGAACUGUGCCAGUGACUGCAGUGCAGAUCAGUUCCAGUGUGCCCAUGGUAAAAAGUGCAUUGACAAGAGCCAGUUGUGUGAUGGGAUAAGCCAAUGCCAGGAUCGGUCUGAUGAGAGGGACUGCUUGAAGUCUGACGGCUGUGUUCAUCAGUGUGACAACAAAACCCGCUGUCUGCCUGAAACGUUCUUGUGCGAUGGAGAGAAGGACUGCCAGGAUGGGACAGAUGAGCUUCCCUGUGCUGCCAAGACCUGCAGCAGCUCUGAGUUCCGGUGCUCUAGUGGCCAGUGUGUGUCCUUGAGCGUCCGCUGCGACGGGCACCCCGACUGCAAGGACCGCUCCGACGAGAAAAGCUGUGCCCAGCCGGCGACCUGCCCCACAGACCUGCGCUGCCCCCACAGCCACGAGUGCCUGCUGGAGAACUGGCUGUGUGAUGGCGAGACGGACUGCAAGGAUGAGACUGAUGAGAAGAACUGUGAGAAGGGCCAGGUGACCUGUAAAGAGCUUCAGUGGUCCUGUGCCUCUGAGACCCAAUGCAUCCCAAGAUCAUGGAAGUGUGAUGGGGUGAAGGACUGCACUGAUGAAAGUGAUGAAUCGAGCUGUGAUCGUGCCGUUUGCCCCUCGCAUCAGUUCCAGUGCGAGAGCUCCGAGUGUGUCGACAUCGCUCUGGUUUGUAACGGCACGCCCGACUGUAGGGAUGGUUCCGAUGAAGGCGGAGCCUGCAUGAGUGACCAAUGCCCUGCCGCUGACCAAUCCCAGUGCGCUCAUCUCUGUUACAAGACGCCACGUGGAACAAAAUGUGGGUGCAGGGCUGGAUUUAAGCUUCAAGAGGAUGGGCAGAGAUGUGUGGAUGUGGACGAGUGUGGGGACAGUCGUCUUAACAUCUGCAGUCACUCCUGUGAGAACACUGAGGGCUCCUUCAUUUGCCACUGCAAGCAAGGCUAUGUGCUUGAGCCUGAUGGUCACAGCUGCAAGACUGAGGGACAGCCUUAUUUGUUGGCGGCUGUGCAGUCCGAGUUGCUCUUCCUUGGUCUUCGAAGUACAAGCCUUGAAGUGCUGGUCACUGAGAAAAGGUCUAUUUUGUCUGUGGACUAUGACUGGCAAGAGCAGAGAGUGUUCUGGAUCAGCGCCAAUGCAGAUUCCAUAAAAUGGUCUUCAUUAGACCAGAGGAGCAAAGGAACGAUCGUCAAAGGCAUCCGUGCAGAUUGCAUUGCAGUGGACUGGAUGGGAAGAAACCUGUAUUGGACUGAUGGUUUUGGGAACCAAAUUAAUGCCAUUGGACUAGACCAGUCACUUAAGAAUGCCAAUGACUAUGUUGCGAUUCUUAAUGAAGACUUUGAACAGCCACACUCUCUGGCACUGCUACCAGAACAAGGGGUCAUGUUCUGGUCCGAGAUGGGUGGAGAAGCCAGGAUUGAGCGUGCUGGAAUGGACGGUUCUGACCGGAGGCUUCUGAUUAAAGACGGCCUGAGGUGGCCAGUCGGUCUGGCUGUGGACUCGCUGGGGCAGAGAAUCUACUGGACCGAUGAGAAACUGAAGUGCAUUGGUUCCACCACAUUCGAUGGAGGGGAUGUUAAGCUCCUACAGUUGACGGAGAUGCCCAGCCCAUUUUCGGUAUCUGUGAUCAAUGACAUGAUGAUCUGGUCAGACACAGAAAGAGGGACCGUCCAGAUGGCUCACAAGGUCACUGGAAAAGGACGUAAGGUGGUUCUUAAACGACCUGGUCAACCUUUGGGCUUGAAAGUUGUUCAUUCUCUUCUACAAGCAAGAGUUGGCAAUGUGUGUGAAAAGCACCAGUGUUCACACCUGUGUGUGGUGGCACCAGGUCCUAAAGCGGUCUGCAAGUGCCCAUCCCAUCUGCUUUUGGAUGAUGACCGAUCAACUUGCCUUAAACCAAAGGACCCUUCAUUUGUAUAUGUGCUGUCCACAACUGCCCUCACUCAGAUGUACCUGCAGAACCGUAACCGGGCCAACAACCUGACUAGCUGGCCAGACCACAGCCUGCUGGCGCUCCCCAACAUGAACGAGCCGACGACAUUCGACUUCACGGUGAGGGACCUGACAGUCUACCUGGCCGACGCAGGCCGGACCUCGGUCGAGCUCUUCAAGGUGAAGGAUUCAGCGCUCGUGUCCAGGGGCCAGCUGCUCCACCUCAGCAAGGAAUACAUCACGGCCCUGGCCGUGGACUGGGUCACCCGCAACUUGUACUGGAGCAGCACGAAGCAGCCACGUCUACAGGUCACGUUGGCCCAGAGUGCACACACAGCUGUGCUGAUCCAUGAAGGCCUGUCCCAGGGCCUGGACGCCAUUGCUUUGCACGUGCCCAGCGGACAACUCUGCUUUGUGAGCCUUGGGACCGGGGCGGGAGAUCAACAGGUGUCCCAGGUGGAGUGCGCUUACAUGGAUGGAAGAAACCGGAAGCUGGUCAGGGAGACUUCCACCCAGCUGGGGUCGCUGACCCUGUCCGAGGAUGGUAGCAAGGUGUACUGGGCAGACAUAGAUGCUGGGAUUAUCGCGUCAAUAGGCCUGGAUGGAUCGGGAUACGAGGAGCUGAGGAGAAGCCCGGGCUUGAGGGCAUUUGCCCUUCUAGAUGGCGUGCAGCUCUGGGUGACUCAGAGUGACACAACCAAGUUUUGGUACAGAGACGAUGGUCAGAAUGACAAGUUAUGGUUUGAAGUCAGCACAGAUGUCAUCGGUUUGAAAGGCUACAGCAAAACCAGCCAGAUGGGAACCAACCAGUGCGCCAAUGAGAACGGAGGCUGCGGGCACCUGUGUCUGCCCUUCCCUGGGGGUAGGACCUGCAGAUGUGCCCAUGACCACCUGCCAUCUGGGGAGGACGGGAGCUGCACCCCUGACCUGCGAUGCCCCGCCGGCAGCAAGUCGUGUUUGGACGGGCAGACGUGUGUCCCCCUUCACCAGUUCUGUGACGGCCAUCCGCACUGUCCAGAUCACUCCGAUGAAAACUGUGCCCAUAAGAUGGUGAGAACCGGAUCCAGUCUCCCUACAACCACAUUAUCUCCGGGGUCCAUCUCCCAGGUUCCAGGCACCUCGGCAAAAGAUGCCGCCGUGCAGAACCUGGAAACAUUGCCGUGCGACGAGCAGCUCUGCAACAGCCGUGGCAACUGCGUGUCUCGGAACGGAGACAUCUCGUGCGCCUGUUCUCUGGGCUACGGGGGAGACUUCUGCCAGGACCAGCUGUCGGGGCUCUGGAACCCCCUCACCUACGGCGCUGCAGCAGGGGGAGCCGGCCUCCUGGUCGUCAUUGUGGUUGUCGCAGUGCUUAAGAGAAGGACUGCCUCCAAUCAAAGAGUCAACAGAGCCAACACUGAACUAGGGGAGACCAGCAUGGAGGUAUUAGAGAAACCUGAGCCCCUACCCUCAGAGCCUCCCUCUGCUAAAGACCCGGGCCACCUGCAGAAUGUGGCGUCUUCAGUGGACUAGACCUGCUGCUGAAUUUUAUGUAACGUCUUUAAUCAAAUAAAGUGGGUUACAAGGCU